AUGGAAUCAACAAGCGUAAAACUUAAAGACCUUAAAUACGGCUGGGGACGUUUUAGACCGAAAUAUUUGCAAUGGCUCAAUAGUUCAAGAUGGUUUUUAUUUUUCUUAACAUCAGCUUCUCUGCUUUCUGGAAUAGUGCAGAUUGGUAUCCGUGUUGUCAUUCUUCCAUCAAUCGAGCGUCGCUAUCAUUUGAGCAGUAAGGAGAUUGGAUCAUUAUCGGCUGUUGGCAAUGUGGCUGGCUUCAUAGCAACAAUUUUAACCAGUUAUAUUGGUGGCUAUGGCAACAAAGUUAGAUGGAUGGGGUGUGGUCUUCUCGUUAAAGGUCUUGGAUGUCUUCUCCAUUCCCUUCCUCAUUUUAUCUCAAUAAAAUAUCGACCAGAAAACCUGGCACUAGCAUUCAAAGAACAAGAACUAUGCUCGUCUAACAGAACACUGUCAUCGCAAUCAUUCUGUGCAACUGCAAGCGAUGGCCACUCGUGGUAUUAUUUCAUGAUGUUCUUGCUGGCAGAGGUGUUGAUCAUGUCAGGAGGGGCGCCAACUGUACCCCUUGGCCAUGCCUUCAUGGAUGAAAAUGUACACCCCAAACAGUUUCCAGUUUAUCUAGGUGUAUUUUUGACACUGAGUGCUCUUGGUGUUGGCAUUGGACAGAUGCUUGGUGGUGUUUUGUUGAGUACUUAUGUGGACAUUGAUUUGCCUUUAGGGCUAGAGAACAUGAAGCCUGAUGAUCCAAGGUGGAUAGGGGCCUGGUGGCUAGGGUAUUUUGUAAGUGGUUGGAUGACACUAAUACUGGCGCUAUUCAUUAGUGGUUUCCCAUCAUCAUUACCACACUCCAAGGAGGUCCGUGAAGACAUCAUCAGUCGUGGUGAUCUUCCUAUGAGAGAUGAAAUUAAAGCUGUACUCAUUGGAAUGUUCUUCCUAAGUGGAGCUGCGCCUUUCUUAUUCAAAUAUGUUCAACUAAAGUUUGGAAUCACGCCAAUGAUGGUCACCAAAGGAAUUGGWGUCCCGAGUGUGGUCCUCACUCUCGUUGGCAUUAUUGGUGGGAGUUUUCUGGUGCGCCGUUUCCACUUGAAUGAGAUGUGCCAUCGGUCAGCAAAAGUGUGCAUGAUUCUUUCUCUCGUCGCUUUAAUUUCGACACCUACUUUUUUCAUCCCUGGUUGUCGGACAUUAGAAUUUGCGGGUGUGAAUGUCCCAUAUCAUAACAGGUCCAAUGCACACUUAGGUAUACUCUCAUCAUGUAAUGAUAAUUGUAGCUGUAGCUCACUGAAUUAUAAUCCAGUUUGUGGUUCAGAUGGCAUUACGUAUUAUGGUCCGUGUCAUGCAGGCUGCACUCAAAGAGUUGGAUCAAAGGGGUUUAGAAAUUGCCAAUGUAUCAAUGYCCCCUAUAGUGGUCCUGCUCAAGCCGUAGAAGGGUUCUGUGAUAGGGAAUGUAAGAACUUUUAUCUUUUUAUGAUCGCUUUAUGCAUUGGACUUCUUUGUUUUGGAAUGGGGAUUACUGCUGUUAGGACUGUGUUAAUCCGGUGCGUUUCAGAGAACCAACGUGCGUACGCCAUGGGAUUCCAGGUUACUAUUCUGAAAAUGUUUGCCUUCCUACCUGCGCCAUUAGUAUUUGGAUCAUACUUUGAUACGAAGUGUAUUUUGUGGGAAGACAGUUGUGGUACUAAGGGCAGUUGUUUGUAUUACGAUGGACRCGCUUUGGACAUAUGGUUACAAGUUAUUUCAGUGUCAGCUAUCGGUCUGGAAGCCAUCUUUUUCUAUCUUUCAUGGAAGUGCUACAAAAGACCUCCAACGGAGAAUCUUCCCCAGGAGGAAAUGACAGAAGAAGAGUUACUUAUGUUGAAAACUAGUAAACAAGAGAUAUAUUUAGGAGAUAAAUGACAGAGAAYCUCAGUCGGUAUUUUCACUUUGUUAAAUUUUUAUAACGACCGAACCCAAAGACGCGGUUUUUUGGAUUAUAUAACUCACUUUGACGACCAGUUAUUCUUACAACCGGCCAUAUUGUUGUUAAUGUUUCUUGAACAGUACUGAUCAUACAUUCGUAAAAAGAAUUUUUAUACUCAUACAAUAACUCAAAUGACAUAUUUUUUGACAAGCA